CGCUCAGCAACACAGUGCGCCGGGCGAUUUCAGGCUCACCUGAACCAAAAUCUAAUACAAAGAUCUUGGACUUCAAAAGAGGAUGGCAUCCUGUACCGAUUUGUGCAACAUAAAGGAGUUGGACGAUGGUCGGAAGCGGUUCUGCAGUUAUCAGGACACACGCAUGCGCAAGCGUUACAUCGCUGGGAUAAAGUUCUGAAGCCGAGUAGGCGUAAGGGUUCAUGGCUACCUGAAGAGGAUGACUCUUUA